AUGGAAAAACGGAGCUCCAUUAAGACCAGAGAACUGAGAUUACCACCAGGCUUUCGGUUUCACCCAACAGAUGAAGAGCUAGUGGUUCAGUAUUUAAGUCGAAAAGUGUCUGGUUUACCCUUACCAGCUUAUGUUAUACCGGAAAUCGAUAUCUGUAAAACCGAACCAUGGGAUUUACCAGGUGCUUGUGAUUCAGAGAGGUAUUUUUUUAGCACUAGGGAAGCUAAAUACCCAAGCGGAAACCGGUCGAACCGAUCAACCGGUUCGGGUUACUGGAAAGCGACCGGAAUUGAUAGGCAAAUCGGGAAGAAGGUUAUUGGGAUGAAGAAAACUCUGGUUUUCUAUAAAGGGAAACCUCCCAACGGGACAAGAACCAAUUGGGUUCUUCAUGAGUAUCGUCUUGUUGAUCCUCAACAUGUAUCAUACGGAGAGAACAUGAAUUGGGUUCUAUGCAGAGUGUUCUUGAAGAAGAGGAGCAAUAAUAGUAACAAGAAGAAAGAAGAUGAGGGAGAGAAGAAGGAGAAGGAAGAGAUAGAAAGUGACGACAACAAGAGUACUUGUCCGAUAUUCUAUGACUUUUUGGGAAAUGACGUGAAGACAAGAAGAUGCUGCGAUAUAAAUUUGAUUCGUACGUUUUGUUCUUCUUCAGCGUCUUCAUCGGUUUGUUCAAGUGCUUUAACUCAGACAUCUUUUAAUAGUGACUCUGAUAAUCAUCAUGAAGAAAUUAAUUGUAGGGAAAAUAAGUUUCUUUUGUUUCUGUAA